AAUUUCAUAAGCAAGUCAAUAGAUAUUGCACUGAUUGGUGGAUCCAAUAAUGGAAAUCGAGUAAUCUUUUCUUAUUGGUCGACGCAAUAACGUAGUUGGAUGGAUUUUCUCUGAUUGGUAGGGGCAAUAAUGGAAGUUGAUAGAUUUUCUUUGAUUGGUCGACGCAUUGAUGAAAGAAGUCAACGAUUCUUGUUCUUCUCUCGAACAUAAUAAUAGAAAUAGCGCGAAAUAAGUCAAACAGUCUGAAUUAUAAUUCAUAUACGUUUACUCAAUGUUAUUUAAAUAUUGAUAGUGUUGUAUUUAAAAAUAUAAAUAAAUGUGAUAAUGACUACUUCCACAGAUAUUGCUACGAUAAGGGUACAGAGAUACCUAAAUAUGCCAUUGGUACAGAGAUGUAGCGAGUUGGCAGUAUUAAUAGACGAAUCAAGUACUACAGAACUACAACAUGUAUUUCCAAUAAUAAUAGAUUCACUGUUUGGAAUAACAGAUAAUAUCGGUUGGGGUUUGCAUAAUAUUACUUACAAAAAAAAUCCCCAAGAAUAUGAAAUGCUGUAUAAUUUCCUUAGUCCACAUGGACCAAUAUUUUCUCUUUGUUAUAAAUUACUUCCAGAUUGUUACUUGAAAUAUAAUUUUCCGGUAUCAUAUUUGCCAUCAAAGAUACGCUCGAUGUUAGAGGAAGGUGUGAUACCACCUUUUUAUCUUGACAAAAUUAGAGAUGACCAAGGAACGAGAGUUCCGUCAGCUUUAUUUAUGAAUCCCUUUGAGUAUUACAUUUUUCAUUUCGCUUAUCAUUUGACGAAUCCUUGGCUACAGAUACAACAGCAAGAAAAUGUUUGGGUAAAUUGGGAAACAGUGUAUGUUCAAUCGGCUCAUUAUUAUUUGCAUCAUUUUUUACCAAGAGAUAAUUCACCAGUUUUACCAAUAAUUGGGCCAUACAUAAAGAAAACUCCUCAAAGAAAAUUGAUGCAGUCGCCUGAAAAUAAAAGUUUUAAAAUUUCAAUUAGAGAAUCUCAUAGAUUACAAACUCCAAGACUUUUGAGAGCAUCAAUAUUAUCGCCAGGAUCUACCAAUUUAGUGGUAGGAGUCCCUCAACAACAAUGUCUUCCUCAAGUAUGGAGAAGUGAGACAGUGAUACAAGUAUUUCUUGAUUUUUGGAUGGAAUAUACUGAAGACGAUCAUAUGCCUUCUCAAAUGAAUAUGUCGUAUUCUACUCCUAUUCCACAUCGCCACAGCAUUCAUUCUGGUGAACAUAUACGUCUAGUUAGAGCAUUUAUAAAAACUUUACACGAAUUUGCGAAUAGUUCGAUCGGAGAUAAAAGUGCUAUGGAUGAGUUAAAAAGGAUUAUUUUGCCAUCUGUGCAAGGAAAAAUCUAUGUAUUCCUUCGAAAAGCUAUAUAUCAUUGGCCUCUGGACAGUUCGUUUAGAUUAAUUUUGGAGGCAUGGUUGAGUUUUAUUCAACCAUGGAGAUAUAUUGCAGGGGUAACAUAUACAAAAGAAGGCAAACCAGAGGAAGAGGAGAGGGGUAAAAUACAUGAUCCAAACAGAUGGAUAACUUUUGUUGCUAAUAAUCUAUUGGCUUAUACGGUAAUAUUUCAACAAUUAUUACCACGCUUUAUGAGAACUGAUCUCGUGGCUCCGAAAAAUGCUUUGAUGCUAUUUAGAGUUACAAAGGUAUUUUCUCAACCGCAUUUGGCAAGGAUAUUAUCUGAAGUAGAAAGUUGUAUGGAUGAUGCCAAUCUUAAUAGAAAUCGUAUGCAAUCUAGUCAAUGGACUUCCGUAGUAAGGCAACAAAUCAUGGAACUUGAAGGUCCAACUUAUCAAUACAUUCCUAUGUUUUCAACGACCACCAUUACACAAGUAACUUUUUUCUUAAGUAUAAUCAAACAAGCACAUUUAACAGCAACGAGUUUGAUCGAAGCAUUAGAAAAGAGGAAACGGAGUCAGCAAUUUUUAGUUGCCCUAUGGGAAUUCUUUUACGGGGAAGAGAAUUCGUCCGAUGAUAUUUCUAUAGAGGAACGUCGUAGGGUUCCUAUAUUUUUAGCAAACGCUCAGCAACAAUUGAUCGAUAUGUUCCAAAUUUCAUUAGAAGAUAUUCCACAAAUAAGUAUUACACCUGAUCAGGAAUAUCACGAUAGUAUCCUCUCGACUUCUUUUCAUCAUCAGUCUCAGGUGGAUUCAUCGUUAGAUUCAAGUAGACCAGGUGUUUUUGUACCAAUACCGGAUGGAAGACAAAAUUUUCGAUACAUCGAAUAUAUGGGAGAUCCAGAAUUACAGCCAGUUCGUUCCAACGAAUGUGCUUACCUAGUCAGAAAUUUGUAUAACUUUUGUUCUUAUAUUAAUAACAAGUAUCAAUACGAGAUAAAUACUUUAUACAACAAGAGAAAUUUUCUUGGAAGUAUUUGUCGACAGGUACUUAUACCGCCAACCACAAUUGUAAAACUUCCAAAACGAACCAUUAAUGGUUUUUCAAGUGGUUCCGAAGAAUUGAUUCCUCCUCGAUUGAGUUUAAGACGAUUAUCUAGUUAUGGUUUUUUGAUUUUUAUAUCAGCGAGUAUGUUUAUGGCAUGGAUCACAAAUUACGGGAUACUAUGGUUAUUGUGCCUAAUGUUUUUUAUAUGGUUCCUAUACAUAUUGAUACGAGCAAUUUUCGAACCAUGGUUUCAAUCAAGCACAAAUACCUUUAGGCCAAACACAACCGCUUUUUCGAUAAACUAAAUCGUAUUAUAACCGAAGAUUAUACAAAAAAAAAAAAUAAAACGAAUCGCUUUAUCUGAUAUGGACUAAAAUAUAUGCGAGCAUUAAUUCGCAGCAUCGUUUAAAAAAGUAAACAAUAAAAAAAAACAAAAAAAAAAAGAAACAAAAUUAUUGCGAACGAAUUAUGGUAAUUAAUUCGCAAAUGAUUGUCACACAAGUUAUAUUGUAAUCUAUAUGGAAUUAGAGAUAUGUCAGAUCCGAUAUAUUUUUUAUAAAAUUUUUUACAGAACAUUGAGAUGAAUGGAAUAAUGGAAUAGAUUGCAAUUUUUUUUAUAGAGCUAUUGCCUUGUAAGGUAUUAAAAAAAAGAAAAAGAAAAAAAAACGACACGAACGUAAAACGUGAAACUGGAUUCACGUAAAUAACUCGAUCGGAUAUCUUCAGUUAAACAUUAACAUCGAUAAAGGGUUUUUUAGAAAAUUGGGUGAUACCAAUUUAUUUCCGUAAAAGUAUAAUCAUUCAAUCAAUACCACGUACAUACUAUCAAUUAUUAUUUCUCCUGUUAGUCGUAUUACAUAUAUACAGAUGUCUGUCCAGAACGUAUAUAUGUACGUAUAUAUGCAUAGUUCGUUAACGUUGACAUUGUGAAAGAGGCGAAAAUUGUACUCCUUUUUCUAUCGAACUCGACUUUUACCUCAUUCAGAGUAUAUUCUGUUAUUAUAUUAAAAAGAAAAAAAAAAGAAAUGAACUAAUGAAAAAAAUUGCGAUACGAAAUAUUCUUUUUUUUUCUUUUUCCUUUUUUGUUUUUCUUUUUACAUUUUUUUGUUAUGUUUUUCUUCUUUUUUUUUUUUUUUUUUUUUUUUUCGACCUUUUACGCCACACUUUAUCAUCGUAUACGCAUUUCUCUCUAAUCUGUUUAAUAUCAGAAUGAGUAGAUAAGCCUCAUCGAAAUGUUAUUAUCAUCAUCGAGUACAGCUGGCUGCAGCUGUUCAUUUGCCAUUUUUACAAGAGAAAGGAUUUUAAUAAAAUAAAAAAGGAAACGAUAGAUAGGACGAUUAUUACUUCGAUUGAUAACAAUUAUAAUUAUAUUAAGAAAAAGAAAACGCACGAAAGAAUGACUGUAAAAAUGUAUGAUGAUUUAAUUUCUCUUGAUUCCAAUUUUUCUACAAAAAAAAGAAAAAAAAAAAAAAAAGAAAAAUAAAAAGAAGGAAAAAAGAGAAAAGAAAGAAAGAAAUAGUUGAGCUCAGUCCAGUUAAUUCUGUCCGCAAUAAAGUCUCGUUCCUUUAUUAGCGAGUACGGGGUACGUAACAAGGGUGUAACAGUUUAUCAAGUAGACACCUAAUCUCGUAUAAAUUUUAUUUAAAAAGAAAUAAAAAAAAAAAGGAAGUACACACACGAGGUACCCUUUCCCUCACUCUCUCUCUCUCCCUCUCUCUCUCUCUCUCUCUCUCUCACACACACACACACACACACACUUUCUCUGAUAUCUUAAAUUGAAUUUAAUUAAAAGAGACAAAGUUCUUCAUACGAUACGAUUUGUUAAAAGGAAAGAUUCCCUUGCAAUUUUUCGAGUGAUUAGAAGAAAUAGGUGAGAGUUGAUAAAAUAAAACUCGUUAUAUUUUACGUUGCGUGUUACUCUGUGACCGAUAAAAAAAAAAAUAAAAGAAAUCUCAUCGGGUCGUAAGAAACUUGAAACCUCGAGAGUACAGGUUCUACGUGUUUGAGACCUUUUAAUUGGAUCUCGCAACGCAUCAGAUAAGUAUACGACGAACAGAAAUUUUUAAUGUUUUUCAAGUGCGAACAAGCGAACAAAGAAAAGAAAGAAAUUUUCUUAGAACUAAAGAAAUAAAAAUCUCGAGACAUUUCUAUCGUUCGUAAAUUUGAAAAAUGUUUUCUCUGUUCUAUUAAAACAGAUAUGAACGAGCGAAAAGUUUUCCGAUGUCAUUUAAAAAUCUCCGAAGAUAUUCUAAUACACUCUCCGAUCAAUAUUUUCUUCGGAUAUCAAAAUGAAUAUCAAAUUUGUCUUAUCUAUAUUUUACAGAUUUAGAUCUGUACUCUCUCACUUUUUUGAGGAUAGAAAUAAUUCGACGUAUAUUUCAAUGAUAAUCACUGAAUUAGUCGAUCAUAUCUAGGAAGAUAGUAGUCGAAGAAAGAUAUUCCAGGUGGGUUGGUAUGACACAUUAGAUAUAUUAAGCCAUUAAUUUGAUCUUCAUCGUGGCGUGAAUGUAUUUACACGUCUUAGAAAGUGUAACACGUGUAACAAGUGUAAUACGAAUACGAACAGUUUUCGAUUUGAUAUGAGAAUGAGAACGACGAACGCUAUAUAUCUUAUACAUACUUAAAUACAUAUGUAUUUAUAUACCUAUAUAUAUAUAUAUAUAUAUAUGCAUAUGUAUGUAGGUAGAUAUAUCUUUAUCUCUUUCCUUAUCGAGAGGAAGAUCAUCGUGUCCCAAGAGAAAAAGUUUAAAGGAAAGAAUCAUUGAGUUUCUUCGACGUGCUUUGACAUGUCUUUAUACAAUGUCAAACGCUCUCUUGUGGACUAGUUAAGUACAAUGAGUUCAUCUGAAUUAUCUCGAAUGGGCUUGUUCACCGUUCGUUAAGCCUUCCAUCGCAACGUGUAUGUGUAUAUGUGUUUGCGAGUGCAUCUACGUGUACUUGUCUCUUUAAGUCGAUGACACAUACACAUUUUUCUCAUUGUGUAAUAUUAAUCGUCUGUUAUCUGUUCAUACAAUGAAAUCACAACUUCCUUUUUUCCUAUUUAUUAUUUCCCAUUAGUUUCUUAUACGAUAGUAUCUAGCAUCUAUGUAUAUUUCGUAUCUCUCGUUAUGUUCAAGAUAUACAAAAUUGUUUCUAUAGAAGAUAAGGAAUGGUCGAUCGACAUCUUAAUAAAACAUUUAUAAAGUUUCUUUACCUCUUCCUCAUUGAUACGCCGAGUCUCUCGAGCAUCUCGAUGUCAUUUCUUUUUUCUUUUUCUUUUUUUUUUUUUUUCAAACUAUACCGAUAACCAAAAGAAAUCUCACGUUUAACGAUAUUUUUCUUUCGAUUCAUUUUAUAUCCCUAAUAAAAGUCUUAAUUAUUUCGUGAAUAAAUUCUGAUAAAAAAUAAAAAUGUUAUCACUUCCCCCCCUCUCUCUCUCUCUCUAAGUUAAACGUUUAACCACUUGUUCGAUCGUGUAUAUAGGUAUUAUUAGAAUCAAGUAUAGCGAAGGUCGAGAGUACGAUUAUUUUAUUAGGAUACAAUUAUACGUUAAUAGAUAAAAUAAUCUUUUUUGUUUUUUUUCUUUUGUAAUAUAUCUAGCAUAUAUCAUAUAUGUAUAGUUAAGUCUAUAAACGUCGUAUUAUUUUCGAGGUAUCAAUAAAAAAAAAAAAAAAAAAAAAAAAAAAAAAAAAAAAGAAGAAAAAACGUUUAUUUAUCAUCAAACAGAAAUUUAAUUAUUUGACAUCCUUUUUUUCAGCUUUGAAAGAGCAUUGAAACGCGUGUCACAAAAGUUAAUCCUUGGUAAUACCCGAGAACAUGAUAUCCCACUUUAAAUAUAUAUCACAAAACCACCGUCAACGCAAAAGGUAGAACGAAAAAUAUCCAGACUCAUUUGUCUGGUCAACCUUGACAGCAAUCCGAUCCUGAUUUAAUGUCGUCUCAUAUAAUAAAUAUCUUCUUAUUAUAAUUAAAAUGAUUUUCACCUCUAGAGAUAAAAUUCUUAUAGAAUAGAAUUAAAUAAUAGACUACUCGGAUAAGGAAGAAGGAGAAAGAAUGAAAAGAAAAUGUUAUCCAAAACUUUAACUGUAAUUUAUAACGUCGUUACGGUCAAUCCAACGAUCCGGAAAUUCAGCUUUUAAGGAUCUAUAAACUUUCACGGUAAGCAAUCGAGAGAUUAACUUUCUGUGAAGUUCGUUAGAGUUUCUCGAGGUAUGAAGUGAACGAACUUUUCUUAUUUAAUUGCUUUAAAAAGGAUUACUUUGAAAAAGAAAUCUUUUGUCAUUUUUCUUUUCUUUUUAUUUUCUUCUUUUUCUUCUUCUUCCCUAUAUUUCAGAUAUUCAUUUUUGUCGACGAUCUUUUCGACUGGAAUUAAAUCAUUAAUUAACGAAGCUUAAUUAAUUCGAAGUUUGUAACUUGUCCAUUUCAUUCAUUCGAACGUUUCAAUGCGAGAUGUUAUUGAUGAAAGAAUAAAACGUAGCUUUGUUGUAGGGAGAUAGUAGCAGGUUCGUUACAGUUGCGAAUACGAGGAAGCUUGCACAUCCUCUUCUUCUCUGAAUGUAGAAAGAAGCUUGUGAUAGCAAUUAGGAUGAGAUUGGUAUGACGAUUAUCAAUAUAUUAUAAAUAACAGAGAACAUCUGGCAAGAUGUUUUUCAUUAUUGAAAUUAUAACAUGGAUCAUCUUUCGUAUAAAAAUUAGCGUAAAAACGAUGACGAGAGAAAAGAGAAGAAAGGGAAUGCUUUUAAAAUAUUUCAAGGAUUACGAAUUAUUGGAAAAGGAUUAAAUAUUAAAAGUUAAAAGAAAAUUCUCAAUGAUAGGAUGAAUUAUCGAUAAUUGAGAAAAUUUUGUCGAGGAGGAUGAUUAUCGAGAGGUUAUUCUCGAAUUCGUCGACCUCGUGUUGUAAUUCGUUCGAUCGCAUAGAGGUAGAGAUCGCGUGCCACGAAACAUUAUAAAUUAAAACCAAAGGAGGAGGAAGUUUCCUCGUGAACGAGCGGACCUUUUCUCUCGGUCACUAGAAAAAAUGCGUGUCGAUUGACGAGAGAAAAAAAUAGAAAAGGUUUUAUGGUCUCACGCGAAGGCCAUUAGAAAGAAAAAAAAAAAAGAAGAAAAAAAAAGAAAAGAAAAAAAAGAGAAAAAAAUAAAUAAAUAAAUAAAUAAA